AGUAUUUGACAUCAGAAUCCCCAUUGACUCAUGAUAGUUUUCAGCUUGAAGUGAGACGAUAAACGCAUUGUAUUUUCGCUAUCUUUUCCGCUCGAAACUUCAAACUCUCUUUCUACCGCGCUGGAUUUUACAGCUGUGUUUGUUUUUGCCUCUUGCAACAGCUCCGAACGUCCCAUAUCUUGUAUCGUACGGAGGGACCGCCGGUUGAGAUUUGCAGUUCGCCGGGAAUUAGAAAGUGGUGCACGCCGUUGAAGCGCUGACUCCAGAGCUGUGUUUGUUUAUUACUCAAGUGCAAAAUAUGGGAAACCAAUAAAGUGAACCAUCAUCGGAGAUAGUGUUUGAAUGAAAGAAGAAAAAAAAAACCCUGAGGUACGUAAAGUGUACGUGCGUAUUUCUCCGAGGAGCUCCACGUUCUCUCCACACCCAACACGUCUCGUAGUCCAACCGAUCAAUCGAUCAGUGAGUGAGUGAGUGAGUGAGUGAGUGAGAGAAUGAAUAAGAAGUAGUUUAUGUGUUUUGCUGUUACACCAUUACGCUUAGCUUUGCAUCCAAGUGCCCUGCUCGUGCCCGCCCUUUUGCAUUGCAUAACUCCGGUAUCGGCUCUGUAACUGAGUUGGCUGUGCAUGUUCACCGUUAGAAGGGCUUGGCGUGGGGUCCUAUGCGUGCCUGAAAAUCGAUUGAUCGACUGCCGCCCAGCGUGCCGUCGCCUACACUCCGUCAAACCGUGUGUCCAAGUGUUUGUGGCGUACCCGAGUGUCGAAAGGUAGUAACUCCACGCUUAACCUCAACCUCCGAGAGGUGUCUGCUAGUGUUUGUCGCUGCUAACCGCACUGGUGCCCGGUAACAUAGGGUCAUUCGUCGAAUCAACGUCGAGCUCCGCGAAAACAUGAAGCUGUUCUACUACACGCUAGCUGGCCUAGCGUUGGCGGUGGCCAUCUGUGAUGCGAAAGCUUCCCAUAAAGUCACGUGUACCGAUGAGACGAUGCGGGUUGACAUUGCGCUGCCGUCGUCCAAUGUCUCCAACGACCGCGUCUAUCUCGAGGGUAUGAAAGGCUAUCCGAAUCCGCUCUGCCAGCCAAAGAUAACGGAAAAUCUGGCCACCUUCGAGCUGUCGCUGAAGAACAUCUACGAUUGUGGUGUGACGCGCGUGAUCAACCAUAUUACGGGUAACAAGGUGUUCUACCAUCGGAUUAUCGUCGAAGAGGAGGACCAAAAUACGAGCAGUAGCAGCAGCAGCAGCAGCAGCAGUAAGGAAGCAGUGAGCGUAAAAUGCAUCGUGGCCAAUCCGGAAUUCAACGUUCCCCAUGGCAUCGUGAAACGGGAUAUCCUGCCGGCUGGAUUCGCUGAAACAGAGGAUUUCAACGAAACCGAGAUCAUUACCAACGCACCGGAACCAAAGCUGAAUAUGGCGAUCCGUUUGGGCGACAAGUUGGUGUCGGGCGAUCUGAACGUUAGCCCAGGUGCUCACCUGCAGAUGGAGAUUGCUCUCGAUGAGAAAUCUGCCCCGAUCUAUGGACUCGGUGUGAACUACAUGCUCGUGACGGACACGAAGAACCAGGCGGAAACGAUCAUCUUCAAUGGCUGUUCCGUUGAUCCGUUUCUGUUCGAAAACUUCAACACCAUCGAGGGUGAUGUGCUGGCCGCCAAGUUCCGGGCAUUCAAAUUUCCCGACUCGACCUACGUGCAGUUUCAAAGCACGGUGAAUGUAUGCGUUGACCGAUGCAAGGGUGUAAUCUGCACCAACGGUCAGACCGCAUUCGGGCGUCGGAAGCGCCGUGAGAUCAAUCAAUCGCCCGCCGAUCCGAACAAAGUGUACGAAGUAACGAUGACCACCUUCAUCAAAGUGAACUACGACGAGAACGCAGACCAAAAUGCCGUCUCGGAGAUCGAUCAAAAGAUUCGCCAGCUGAAGCUCACCAACCAGAAGCUGGCACGUAACAGCCGGGCCGGCAAUGUGUUCGAGAGUAUCCACGAAGCACCGCGACCACAGAACGUGGCGGGACAAACGGAAUCCAUCACCACACCUGCCAGUGCUGCUCCCUCCGCCGAUAACGAGGACGCAAAGGUCGAAGAAACGAUCGUGUUCCGUGAGGUGAUCACGCGGAAGGAAGCCUCCUACAACAGUGACGAUGAUCUAGCUAGCGGCAGCGUUCCAUCGUUCCGCCGGCGGAUGAGCUUUUCCCUCGAGCUGUCCCUGCUAGCGCUGCUGGCCGGAGUAGUACUCCAUUUUCGCCAUUGAAAUGACUUCGAUUUCCACGGUACAGCGGGGCAGUGUAACAACGGAGACAGUAGGCAGCAACUGAUCAGAGUAACGAGCGAACGAGCAUCACCGGCAGCCAGACAGGCAGGCAGGCAGGCAGGCAAGCUUCAGAAUCGGGCGUUCGGAUGCCUGUGGUUGGUUAGAUCGGCAUUUAGGAGCUACGCGGCAUGUACAUACAGGAAUGAUCGGAUCGCGAUCAUCAUACGCGAUCAGUGACAGUGCUGUCCGGCAGUCCACAAAGUAGCGUGGGGUUGUGAGCGAGCAGCUUUUAGAUUUUAACAGUAGCUUUCUUUUAAAAAAACGCAAAAUCAAAAAUAUCCUCCCUCCCAAUUUUCCCCACUGAGUGCUAAGAGGUUUGUAGCUGACGACUUUCGCUGAUCGUCGGCAGGACAAAGAACAAAUUAGAAGACUAAUCGAAGGAUCUAACGGCAGGUGCCUCUUCGAACGGGAGGGGUAGAACGUCCGUUUGUUACGCCGAACUAACAUCGCUCACGGAUCGAGAAAGGGAGCCUGCUCCUAACUUUUACUUAAAUUAACGCUAAGAACGCUAGGUAGAGAAGCUGGUAAUGAUUCGAUGCACGGGAGGGUAACUAGUAGUAAUGGCAGUUCAUCGAUGGCAGCGGUGCUGGCUCCAGCAAAGGAGCCGUUGCCGCAGACAGUACGAUAAGAUUAUGCUAGUCUAAUUACGGAUAACAAAACGCAGCGAUGAAAGUACGCAGAUGCUACUUUCGGAUUGUGAUGGUAGCGAAGCGAAUAGAACACGCCGGGUGGCCACCUUGCAUCGAAGGGUAUCAAACGGGGUGGUGCGAUCAGUGGAUGAGAUUUGAAUUGGAGCCAAUCGCCAGUAGUAUAUGCUCAUGCUCUUCACUACCAAUCUCACCCGCUGAUCCUAACCCUUCGAAGAGGGUGGCUGGGAUGGCAAUUAAUCAAUAAUUUACGUGAACAACAUUGUGAAAACACACAAAAGACAAGCGAACACUAGUGUCGAUAAAUCUAACAAUAAAGAAAAAACUAAAACCCUA